AUGGCGUUAAUUUCUGCAGAUAAUCCUUGGGUUUUCAUCUCUGGUCUCUUAGGUAACAUUUCUUCCUUGGUGGUUUUCCUUGCUCCACUACCAACAUUUAUCCGAGUUUGUAAGAAGAAAUCAACAGAAGGCUUCCAAUCAAUCCCAUACGUAGUUUCACUCUUCAGUGCUAUGCUUUGGAUAUACUAUGCCUAUGUCAAGACCGGAGCUUUCCUCCUUAUUACCAUUAACUCCUUCGGUUGUGUCAUUGAGACCCUUUACAUUGCUCUCUACAUUACUUAUGCUUCAAAGGAAGCUAGGAUAUUUACCUUAAGGAUACUUUUAUUGCUGGAUUUUGGGGUAUUUUGUGCUAUUCUUCUAAUCACCCACUUUUUAGCCAAAGGUUCCAAUCGAGUCCAACUUCUUGGAUGGAUCAGUGUAGUGUUUGCUACAAGUGUAUUUGCUGCACCUUUAAGCAUCAUAAGGCAGGUUAUUCGUACCGAAAGUGUGGAGUUCAUGCCAUUUUAUUUAUCAAUUAUGCUUACUCUAAGUGCUAUUAUGUGGCUUUUGUAUGGCAUAUUCCUUAAAGAUUUAUAUAUUGCGAUUCCCAAUGUUCUGGGUUUCAUCUUCGGGAUGCUUCAAAUGGUGUUACAUGCAGUAUAUAGGAAGCACAAGACAGUGUCCGAGGAUGUCAAGUUACCAGAACACUGUGUCGAUGUUACAAACGUGAGCGCGGUUACGGAUUCCCAUAAUCAUCGGGUGCGGGAAACCGUGAGCUCAUCCGAGCCACCCCAAGUUCACGAUCAUAGAAUGAUUGGGAUGACCUGCAAAUCACAGAAUUAUCAAAGUGAUCAAAGGGAGGAAAUCAUGGAUUCCCCUAACCCUAAUCCUAACCUGCUAGGAACAUGUGAAGCUUGA